GACUAACAGCUGGGCUCGGUGCGUCUCAGAGCGCUGUAGGACAUCAGGACAGUCUAGCAGAAGCUCACACACCUGAUGAUGAAGAUGAAGCUGCUCCUCUUCCUCUGCUGUGUCCUCGGAGUCUCCGCAGAAGUUCUAAAUACAGACCUGGCUAUCAGUGGCUGUUCAGACUCUGAUGGAGAGAAGAUGUACACUCUGGAUGGUGAGGAGAUUUGGUAUGCUGACUUCAAGAAGGGAGAAGGACUUUCUCCUCAGGCUCCUUUCAUAGAUCCUCCGAUUAGGUUCCAGGAAGGAAUUUAUGCCCAAGCUGUGGCUGAUCUACAGAUCUGCAAAAGCAACCUGGACACAGCUCGAAAAGCAACAAAGGACAUCCCUCUGGAGCGAGAUCCUCCCUCCAGUCUGAUCAUCUACCCCAGAGAUGACGUGGAACCAGGACAGGAGAACGUUCUGCUGUGUCAGACCUCUGGGUUCUAUCCUGCUCCGGUCAACGUCAGCUGGACCAAGAACAAUCGGGAGGUGACUGAAGGAACCAGCAUCAACGUUCCCUAUCCCAACAAAGAUGGAAGCUUCACUCAGAUCUCCAGACUGGUCUUCAUCCCAAAGCUAGGAGACAUCUACAGCUGUACGGUGGAACAUGUGGCCCUGGAGGAACCACUCACCAGGACGUGGGAUGUCCAGGAGGAUGACCCUCAGCCCGGGAUCGGACCUGCGGUCUUCUGUGCAGUGGGUCUGACCAUCGGUCUCUUUGGUGUCGCUAUUGGAACCUUCUUCCUGAUCAAAGGAAAUGAGUGCAGCUGAUUGGCUGGAGCUGAUGAUGUCACUGAUCUUUAUUCAUGUUGUGUUUUAAAUCUUUUUGUUUAUUUUAGUUCUUCUUCUUCUUCUUCUUCUAAACUUUAUUGUCCACCUCGAAUUGAGGCAGGAAUUGGCCUUUGACAUGGCUCACCUUACAAUACAAUCCACAUCGCAUUCACACAAAUAUAUAAAAAGACAAUUAAAAGGUAUUAGAAUGUUAUCAUUGUAAAAAAAAAAGUUGAAUCAGUUUCUGCUUAUUGGAUCAAUUCCUGAUGUAAUCAGUUCUAUUUGAUUGUUUUAUUUCUGUAAACAACAAUAAAAAUACUGAUGCUGGGUAAA